AUAUCUCAGAUCAUCCAACUCUGUAUAUCAUCAAUCUCUCUGCCCCUUCUGUAUCCCUCCAAGCCGCGUUAACUGGACCCCACACAUCGUUGAACCCAGCGCAGCAACUAUAUUCCUUUCCUUUCCACCAUCCCAUGUUCUUUUGUUUUUUUCUUUUUUUUUUCCACAAAAAUAGAACCCUUUCAACUCUCAUUUCUCUAACUUCCACCAUUUUUUUUCAAAAAAUAUAUAUAUUUUUUUAUCACUCAAAGAUUCCACAAAAUCUUCAGAACCAGCUGGUUUUUAUUUAUUUUAUCAAAUUCUAGCAACUUGCAGAAUUUGAAGCUUCAUAAUUUUUUUUUCAUUGUGGGGUCCUCUUUUUGACAGGCUAUUCACCAGCCUGGAAAAGGGUGUUUGCAUUGCAUUGCAACCACACUAAAAACUUCACCUUUCAUCACUUUCUUCAUUUCAACAUUUUUUGUGGCAACCCCUUUGUUCUCAUUUUGCUUCCUUCAAAGGUUGUUUUUUUUUCUUCAAGUUUGUGACUUUUGGGAUUGGAAGUUAAAAGGGUAUUCUUGUAAUUGCUUAAAAUCCGUUUAUGGGUUGGUGUUAGUGAAGAAUACAAUGGUGAUGGUGAUGAGGGUGAAACUUGUUUUGGUUGUUGUUACUGUUAUUGCAAUUUUGGUGAAUGUGUCAUUUGCCUUAUACACACCUCAUGAUAAUUAUUUAAUUGCUUGUGGUUCAUCUAAAAGAAUUAGCUUUCAAGAUCGUGAUUUUGUUCCGGAUUCGGAGCAUUCUGUACUAGUGGUAAAGACUGGGAAUUCGGUUGUUGUUGGUAAUUCAAAUUCGAGUGAUGUUCCGUCUCCAAUUUAUGGAUCGGCUCGAGUUUUCAGUGAUAAAGGUUCUUAUAGAUUUGGAGUUCAACCAGGUAGGCAUUGGAUUAGGUUAUAUUUUUAUCCUAUUCCAAAUGCUAGUCAUGAUUUGACUUCAGCUUCUGUAACAGUUGUUAGUGAUGAUUUUGUUUUGUUGAGGAACUUCAGUUUUAGAAACUAUAGUGGUUCUUAUUUGUUUAGAGAGUAUGCUGUUAAUGUAACUUCUGAUAGUUUGACUGUAACGUUCAUUCCUUCGAAUGGUUCGGUUGCUUUUGUGAACGCGAUUGAAGUUGUGUCAAUGCCGGAUGAUUUGUUUGUUGAUCAGGCAUUGGCGCUUAGCCCGUUAGCGCCUUUUAAUGGCCUUUCGGAACUUGCUUUCGAGACUGUUUACCGUUUGAAUAUAGGAGGUUCCUUGUUAACUGCCGAAAACGACACGUUGGGAAGGACUUGGGAGAAUGAUCAGAAGUAUCUCCAUGUGAACAGUUCGGUCACUAAUGUAUCGACUAACCCUUCGAGCAUUAGGUAUCGACCGGGUGUUACAUCUGAGACGGCGCCUAAUUGGGUCUAUGCGACUGCUGAAGCAAUGGGGGAUGCGAAUGUUGCCAAUUCGAAUUUCAACAUUACUUGGAGUUUUAAUGUGGAUCCGGAUUUCUCCUAUUUUGUUCGGCUGCACUUUUGCGAUAUUAUUAGUAAGGCGAUGAACACGUUAGUGUUCAAUGUGUUCAUAAAUACGGAUAUAGCUAUUGGAAGCCUCGAUCUAUCAUCUAUGACUAAUGAUUUGGCUUUGCCUUACUAUAAGGACUUUGUUUCUAAUGCAUCGGAUAGUACUUUGACGGUAAGUGUCGGUCCUGAUACGAUGGCAGACAUUACAAAUGCAACGAUGAACGGAUUGGAGAUAAUGAAAAUUAGCAAUUCAUGGAAGAGCUUGGAUGGACUUUCUUCGGUUUCGAGUCUCCUUCCUAAUUCAAAAUCAAAAAAGAACAAGAUAGGAAUAAUUGUUGGUUCCGCCGCUGGUGCUUUCGUUGCCUUAGCUUUUGUUGGUUUGAGUUUUUGCUUGUUGGUUAGAAGAAAGUCGAAGUCUCCUCAAGAGGGUGGUCAUUCAUGGCUGCCAUUGCCCUUAUAUGGAAAUUCUCAGACCAUGACGAAAAUGUCAACAACUUCACAGAAGAGCGGAGGAACUGCAAGCUUCAUUUCUUCGACAAAUCUUGGACGGUUCUUCACUUUCCAAGAAAUACUAGACGCAACCAACAAAUUCGACGAGAAGCUUCUUCUCGGAGUUGGUGGUUUCGGCAGGGUUUAUCAAGGAAGCCUUGAUGAUGGUACCAAUGUAGCUGUUAAAAGAGGAAAUCCUCGAUCCGAACAAGGUCUUGCUGAAUUCCGAACCGAAAUUGAGAUGUUAUCCAAGCUUCGCCAUCGCCAUCUUGUGUCUCUAAUUGGGUAUUGUGAUGAGAGGUCAGAAAUGAUUCUUGUCUAUGAAUACAUGGCUAAUGGUCCCCUCAGGAGUCAUUUGUAUGGAACAGACCUACCACCUCUAUCAUGGAAACAAAGACUCGAAAUUUGCAUCGGCGCAGCAAGAGGCCUUCAUUAUCUCCACACCGGUGCAUCACAAAGUAUUAUUCACCGAGAUGUAAAGACAACAAACAUCCUUUUAGACGAUAGCUUUGUUGCUAAAGUUGCUGACUUUGGCCUCUCCAAAACCGGCCCUGCACUCGAUCAAACUCACGUGAGCACGGCCGUUAAAGGUAGUUUCGGUUAUCUUGAUCCAGAAUACUUUAGACGACAACAACUCACAGAGAAAUCCGAUGUUUAUUCCUUCGGAGUAGUUUUAAUGGAAGUGCUAUGCACAAGACCGGCUUUGAACCCUGUCCUUCCUAGGGAGCAGGUCAAUAUAGCCGAGUGGGCAAUGAACUGGCAGAAGAAAGGAAUGCUUGAUCAAAUCAUGGAUCAACAACUUGUCGGGAAGGUCAAUCCUGCUUCGCUUAAGAAGUUUGGGGAGACAGCCGAGAAGUGUUUGGCCGAGUAUGGAGUGGAUAGACCAUCAAUGGGAGAUGUUUUAUGGAACCUCGAAUACGCUUUGCAGCUACAAGAAACCUCGUCAGCACUCAGGGAACCUGAGGAUAACAGCACAAACCACAUAACCGGGAUUCAGUUGACACCACUUGAGAAUUUUGAUAACAGUGUGAGUAUGAUUGAUGGAAGCAACUCCGUCACAGACGAUGAUGGUGAAGACGCUGCCACGAGUGCAGUCUUCUCGCAAUUGGUAAAUCCACGUGGAAGAUGAGUUCUUUUUCAUGUAUCCGUGAUUCUGGCCACAGGUCGUUAAGUAUAACGGCUGUUCCGGCCUAUGACUAAAUUGAAAAGUCCUGCUUGAUGAAUGAAAGGUUAUUUUCUGUUACAUUAUCACAUUUGUUUUCUUUUUGUUUUUUGCCUAUAAGCAAGUUACUAUAUAAUAUUUGAGCAAUUUAGCUGACUAGAAAUUGUAUGUAAGUUACUAUAAGGUUCUGUUGUAUAAGAGUUCUUCUUUCACUUUACAAUAAAAGUUCUUUAGAAAAUGAAUCAA